AAAGGAAAAGGAAAAAAGGGACUAAAAGAGGCGGGAAGGGAGGAGAAUACGGUGGUGGCAUUUACGAUGCACUAUGAUGUUCCAUCAAGACGAAUAGGGCUCUUAAACGGCACUACUACGCGUGGCGGGGAAAGGUUUCCGUUCUGCUCUGAUGUGGGGUAGGUAUGAUGAUAACAAGAGUGGUGCGAGGUGGGGUUACUUGCUUGUCUGCCGUGUCCAUCGUAUCAAUCUAUCGUAUCAAAUUUGUUCCACCUCAUCCCGGCGGGGGUCUGUUUUGUUUUGCUUUUGGCUUCAUUUUGUCGGCGCUACCGCGUUGCUACCGUACCGUCCGGGUCCUCGGGUUCACUUCCUCCCGGGCACUUUGUAGUGCGGGUGACAGUACUCGUUUCAUUUAGCACGCGGUGACUGAGUUUUCGAAAGCUUGUUGGAUAGGGUGUGUGGGGAAUCGAUGACAGGAUGUGGAAAUCGAGUGAUCCACUGUGAACAAAAGAGAGUAUCGGGGUUGAUGGGAUGGAAUGCUUAGUAAGGAGGGAGGGGAUGCAGUGUAUUUACUUGCUGUAUGUGUUUUGUUUGUUGGUGGGCCCGGGCUGAUACGUGCCAACUAUGUACUCGAGUAGACGCUGGGAACGGUAGCUCAAAGGGUAUGUUUGGCGAUUAGCCCGCGGAUAGACACCUGGAUGG